AUGCGUCGACUCCGUGGUAUCAAACGCGCCUUCGCUGGGAGCUCCAUCCUUCAAACCAUCCUGCCGUUGAAACUCAACCUUCGACAAAAGGUCUUCGACCUCAUUUUCAAGGCUCAUCACAAUGAACUUGAGCAGGUAUCCACCAUGGUACAAGACUUUCUUGACGGUCGCCUGACUCGAGACGACUCACGAAGGGAAACUCAGAAGCUGCCAACCCUCGCCGUCGGCGACCUUGAUACUAAGAAAGUCGAUAUACUGAAUCUGAACGCAACCCAAGAAGACGAGGAGCUUGCGUAUAUCCUUUCUAUUCCGACUUCGACCAAGCUUAAGAGUGUCCUAACGAAAGUCGAUGCCGCCCGCUCCAAAAGUCCACUUAAUGAAGCCAGCAUUCGUUGGACGAUCAAUUUACUGAUUAUCUACGCCCAUGAUAUUGCCACUUUCCGCCACCCCCGAUGCAUUGACUUCAACAGAGAUGGAGACAUUUACUGGCGGUCGUUGAUGUUUUAA